CGCCCACGCCCACGCCCACCAUCUUUGGAGAUCCGCCAUCCCAAGUCCACCAUCACGACAAUCCGCCAUGGCCAAAACGAAGCACGGAAAGCGCAGCAGCGCCCCCGGUUCGCCAUACGAGCGUCCCAGCGGAGGAGGAGGAGGAAGCAGCGGCGGCUCCAACUCGAAUAAGAACAACGUCUUCAAGUUCAACACAAACUUCGGCCAGCAUAUUCUCAAGAACCCCGGUGUCUCGGAUGCCAUCGUGGAAAAGGCUUUCCUCAAGCCCACCGACACCGUCCUCGAAGUCGGCCCCGGUACCGGUAACUUGACGGUGCGCAUUCUGGAGCGCGCUAAGAAAUGCAUUUGCGUCGAAGUCGAUCCCAGAAUGGCCGCCGAGGUCACCAAGCGUGUGCAAGGCACGCCUGAGCAGAGGAAACUCGAGGUCUUGUUGGGCGAUGUGAUCAAGACUGAGCUCCCAGCCUUUGAUGUUUGCAUUUCCAACACCCCCUACCAGAUCUCCAGUCCCCUCGUCUUCAAGCUCCUCUCGCUUCCCAAUCCUCCUCGCACAUCCGUCCUCAUGUUCCAGCGCGAGUUCGCCCUCCGACUGACGGCCCGUCCCGGAGACGCCCUCUACUGCCGUCUCUCCGUCAAUGCGCAAUUCUGGGCCAAGAUCACGCAUAUCAUGAAGGUUGGCAAGAACAACUUCCGCCCCCCGCCGCAGGUCGAGUCGUCCGUUGUGCGCAUCGAGCCCAAGACCGGCAAGGACCGCCCCAACGUCAGCUGGGAUGAGUGGGACGGCCUAUUGCGUGUCUGCUUCGUCCGCAAGAACAAGACCCUGCGAGCUAGUUGGCUCGGCACCAAGGAGGUUCUUGCCAUGGUCGAGCGCAACUACCGCACGUGGUGCGCCAUGAAUGGCGUUGCUGUCGACGACUCUCUCGUCGAGGACGGCGCCGAAGGCGCGGAGGAUAUGGAUGUCGAGGAUGCUGCCGCGGAUGGCGAGGAGUGGGGUGGCAUGGACGUCGACGACGAGGAUGCCCCGGACUUCUUCAAGGAGAUGCAAAAUAGCGCCGCCACUACCACCAAGACCAAGAGCAAACGCAAGAAGACCAAGGUCGCCGAGCUCGUCCGGGAGAAGAUCCGCAAGGUGCUCGAGGACGUCACCGAACUGGCUGAUAUGCGUUCCGGUAAGUGCGAUGAGAACGAUUUCCUGCGUCUCUUGUUUGCCUUUAAUGAAGAGGGCAUCCACUUCUCGUAACCGUGUGUAUCACGAUGUCGAGGUCAUGAAUGAGCAAUACGCAAAGGACGGGUGCUACGGGAACCACAAAAGGGACGGCGUUUCGGGGUUUUGUCAAUUGAAGAUCAGCAGAGCUUAGAGUAGAUGUCGCGAGGAUACCUUUGUUAUGACAUGUCCAACAUGAAGUUCACAACACAAUUCAAAUGUUUAGCAAAAGAUGCACCUGGUAUUCCCA